AAAGUGAAAAAAGAAGGGCCCACAUUAUCCAUGACCCCGUUUCGUUUCAUGUGUGUGUGCCAGCACACGCGCCGACAAGAACUAAGCAAAUGUCUUACUUUAGACAGUUGAAAGAUUCGCACGCGCCAUUGAUCACGUUCACGCGCUGCACCUCUGAAGCAUCGAAGGAUGUUUUGUUUUCUUUCCGCCAUUUGCCAACCCACUCCAACCAAAACAAAAGUUCCGUUUUUUCUUGUUUGCUCUGGUCUUCUCCGCGUUUUCUGUUUUCAUUUUUUAAGGGCUUUUGCGACUCAGCAUUUCUUGCUUCACUGAAAAUUUUUCAUGGUUCUACCAACGAGUUUCAUGACGUUCCGUUCCGACCUUGAAACGGUGUCGUUGAAGUUGGAGGUGGAGGAACCGCUGCAAGAAGAGCAUGCUCCUCUCAAUAAGCGUUUCAAACCUUCAUCCGCUUCACAAGAGCAAUGGAAUGGUUCAAAUAGUGCAGCUUCCAGUUCUCCUCCCCAGUACAAUAUACUUGAUGAGCCUAGCCCUCUGGGUUUACGUCUUAGGAAGAGCCCUUCACUAUUACAUUUGAUACAGAUGAAGCUUUCUCAAGGGAAUGUUUUUAUUGCAAAUGCACAAAAUGAAAAUUUAAGCUCUGGUUUGAAAAAGGAAAGUCUGGCUGCGCCUGCAUCAGGCUCUGUUGAAAAGCUUAAGGCUUCAAAUUUCCCAGCUUCACUUCUAAGAAUUGGUUCGUGGGAGUAUAAAUCAAAACAUGAGGGUGAUUUAGUGGCGAAAUGUUACUUCGCUAAACGAAAGCUAGUUUGGGAAGUUCUUGAAGGUGAACUAAAGAGCAAAAUGGAAAUCCAGUGGUCAGAUAUCAUGUCACUUAAGGCAAAUUGUCCUGAUACGGGACCUAGCUCGUUGACAGUAGCUCUCGCAAGACAACCUCUUUUCUUCAAGGAGACUAAUCCUCAGCCCAGAAAGCAUACAGUAUGGCAAACAACAUCAGAUUUUACCGAUGGAGAGGCUGGCAAACACAGGCAACAUUUUUUGGAAUUUCCGCAAGGGAUGUUAGCGAAGAAUUUUGAAAAACUUGUUCAGUGUGACGCACAUCUUAAUUUCGUAAGCCAGCAACCUGAGAUAAUCUUGGAUUCACCUCAUUUUGAUACACAACCAGAUGCUUUUGAGAACCUUGUAAUUGAAGGGAGCACAAGCUCUGAAACUGAUUCCAAGGGCCCAAGAAAUUGCGAUCAGAUAAAAUUGGCUGGACUCCGCACUUCUAUGUCAUUGAGUGAUUUUAUUGGCCACAUUGAACACUGCCUUUCGGAACAAAUAACUUGUGGGGAUCCGUCCUUUUGUGAUGGAAGAGGAAGACCAGGUUUUCAGGAAAUGCUGGAGGAAAUUGCACAGCAUCUUCUUAAUGACAAUCAGGUUAUAGCAGCUUCUGAUGAAAAAUCACUCAUCACAAGGGUCAAUUCUCUCUACUGUCUUCUGCAGACGGACCCUGCAGCUUUGCAGAGUUCACAUGACAAGGAAAAUGCUGCUGAUGGAAAAAAUAUUCUUCUUAGCCAUGAUCUUGAAUCAAUGCACAACAUCAAAAUUAAAAUAGAUGUCAAGCCUGCUGAAGUGGACUUCAGAGAUGUUUCUGGGGGCAUGUCCAGGAAAGACUCUUUCGGAGAUUUUCUUCUUCACCUUCCUCGUAUUACUUCACUGUCAAAGUUCUUGCUUAACAUAUCAGAAGAGGACAGUGACUGCUAACGUCAUAGUUAACGUUGACCACUGAGUAAUAUUGUCUGCAAACAAAUCGUGCGUAUAUAUAUAUAUAUAUAUAUAUAUAUAUA